ACACACACAUACACAUGUGCAUACAAGCAUACCAUAUUUGAGGAAGAUUGGUGGGCUCCCGGUUUGCAUCAAGGAUAAGGCAUCACAAAACAGGUCCUUUGGUCAUUGAAAUAAUUAAUCCAUGAGAGAAAGAAGCGACUAGACAUUAUACAGAAGAGACAAACUCAGAGAAUGGCUUUGACCAGUAUGAAACGAGAAGUUGCAGACUAGGAAGUGACUGGUCAAAUAAAGGACCAUAAUGUUUUCCAUGAGGAUAGUGACCACGGACCACUACCAGGCCACACCGAUUUCUGAACUUGAUGUCCUCCAUUCUGACUUCAGGGGUUCAGAUGUGUACAAAGUACCAGUCAUUCGAGUGUAUGGAGCGACACCAGCAGGUCAGAAAACAUGUAUGCACGUGCAUGGUGUGUUCCCAUAUCUGUAUGUGCCUUACGAUGGCACCCAGCCCUGGGACAGGUACAUGCGACUGUUUGCUUCCAGUGUGGAUAAGGCUGUCAAUGUCGCUCAAGGUCAUCCCACUUCAAACAUUCAACAUGUAUACAAAAUUACCCUGGUGUCCGGAAUACCUAUGUAUGGUUACCAUGACAAAGAGCAACAGUUUCUCAAGAUUUACCUGUACAAUCCAGGCAUUGUAAGAAAGGUUGCUGAUCUGCUGUUGGGUGGAGCAGUCAUGAACCAGGUGUACCAGCCCCAUGAGUCACACAUCCCCUACACAUUACAGAUGUUCAUAGACUAUAACCUGUACGGUAUGAACCUAAUCAAUGCUGCAGCGGUCAAGUUUCGCCGGAGAAGGAGGGAAGAUGACAAUGGUAACAUUAUGGAGAUUGGAAGUCAGGGAUCAGUUGGGCGUGGCACAGGAACUCCCAAGUUCCUGCCUCUCAGCCUUGAUGACAACCAGCACAACGCAAUUUGGGACGACACUACCAUCUCAAGCGACCUGUAUGUUGACGUUGAGAGACUGAGUACAUGUGAGCUGGAGGUUGAUGUUGUAGCUGCUGACAUCCUUAACAGACUAGAGGUAGAUGCCAAUGUUGGUACAAACCCUGGACUAGCAGCUCUGUGGGAAGAUGAGAAGCAGAGGAGGAGAGAUAGAGGGGAGACUUCACAACUUGCACCUCCCGAGUCUCAAGAGCAUGAAAAUGUAGAAGUAACAGAAAGUGAUCUAGAGCUUAGACAGAGAUUUCAUGAGAUCGUUUUGGAGCAUCAACCUUACAUGGACAGCCAAUCUGAUACAAAUUCUGAGGCUUCUCAGGGCGACGAUAUAAGCCCUACUCCUGCCCAUGAAGUGGACCUACAUAUGUCACAAACGGAAGGUGACUUGUCCAGCUCCCAGGAUGCUGUGGUUUUAGAGGAGGAAGAAAAGGUUGCCCCGGUGAUCAGUCUGGAAUCCAUCAAAAGAGUUGUGUCCUUUAGUCAGAGCUUCAGUGAGUCGCCGGCCGAAUGUCUGCCGAUGUCACAGCCUCAAAGGUCUAGCCAAGGACUUGCUGAGAUGUUGGCAUCUCUGGCAGAGGAGAGUUCACCAGCAUGUUCUCAGGUAGCAGCGUGUCAGCUAGAGGCUCUUGAGGAAGAAGACAGUGUUCUACACAACACGUCUCAGCAACCGGAAAACGACCCUGAUGGGAUGUCGGAGGAUGCAGAGACACUGGAGAUGUCACAGAGAAUGUGGGGACAGGAGGAUGAGGAAGAGCCUGUACAGGGACCAAGUGGCAUUGGUGAGCGAGACUUUAACUGGUCAGGGAUGGAUGACACUUGGAAUGACUCUCAGUUGCAUGAAACCAACAAUGAAGAGGAUGACGAUGAGAUUGAUGAAAUUAUUCCACAAUUUGAUGGAGCUGCUGAUGAAAAACCAGCAAAAUCCAAAGCCAAGAAAAUGCAGGAAGUUUCUGGACCUGUCAUGCCUACCUUCAACCAGAUGGGACAACAGGGUCAGGGCCAUCAACCAUAUCAACAGAAUCAAGGCCAAUAUCAAAACCAAUCCCAGCAAAUGAUGUUUGAAGAUAAUUCCCAGUUUAUGUAUGGGAAUCCGGGAAACUCAUCAAUGCAGUAUAAUCAGGGAUACCAACAACAGCAGGGGUAUGGCUGUAACUAUGGCAUGGAUAACAGCUACGGAAACCAUGGUGCUGAAAACUAUGACAGCAGUAGAUGGGGUCAAAACUUUCAACAGCUACAGGAAAUGUCACCUCCACAGAAUAACAUGUCCAUGUCCUGGGGUCAGGGAAACCAGGGCUGGGGAGGGGAUAACUCUAUGUCUAGCCCUAGUCCAGCACAGCACAUCCCUAGGGUAGAGCACCAGUCUACUACAGACACUGUCUUGUCACCACUAGAGACAGUCAACUCACCAGUGCUCCACUCGCCCCAUUCCUCUCUGCAGUCACCACUGUCCACACGACAGUCACCUACCCUGCAAUCACCCUCAGCCUCCAUGCCUUCGCCGCAGUCUCUCGCAACCAUGCAGCCACUGCAACCCCUGCAAUCCCCCACAGCAACUUCAACCAACACCUCGCUGGACACCAGUGACAGCAGGGGCUCUCAGCUCACGCCCAUGCAGCCCGCUCCAAUGUGCAUGGGUGACUACUCUAGUGCUGACAAUCAUGGCUAUAACAACUAUAACCAGACCUUUUAUGGGAACCAGUCCAGUGGGGACUUCAACACAGGGACAUAUAUGAACCAGUACAACCAGGUAACAGAUCAACAGGGUGGAGGACAAAUACCACAACAGAAUUACAGUCAUGGUGGUUACCAAUACAACCAAUAUCAUGGAAACCACCAACAAUUGCAGUCACAUCCAAACCAACAACAAUGGCCACAGCAAUUCCAUGGCAACCAGGCACCAAUGCAGGGGCAGUCACACGGUAGGAAGAAGCAAGGCAAUCAGAAUGCUGGAGGGAAAUGGACCAAUGCUAAUAAAAGUACAGCAAAGAGAGGCAGGAAAACUAAAAAAACACAGCCUUUGCUGGGCACACCACAGGUCAGUUCAGUGUCAUUAAAGACCGUCCCAGGCCAGGUUUCAACUAAUAAAGUCAGAGCUCAGCCAUCAGAUGAACAGACCACUAAACCCCAGAGUACCCUAGAGAGACUUUUGCUUGGGGAUGAGGAUGAGGACUGCUUGAGUCUGACAGAGCCUGGGCAGAGGAGUGUUAGUCGGUGUUCCAAUAUAUCCACAGCUUCCUCGCGUACGUCUGUUGGACCAACAACACCUAAUGUUGGCCCACUCACCUCGCCCCUAUCGCCAUAUGAUGUUAAAGGCCAACCCCAGAAAGUUGCUGAUCUACUCACUCAGGUGAAGCCUUCCAGUCAAGACUUGCACAGGCGGUCAUCCUUGGGGGAGAAUACUUUAGAUUCUAGUCAGUUAUCAAAUUCAUCUCUUCUUGGAAGUCAGGAAGAUUUGUUCAUGGAUACAUCAUCAAAGUCACAGUCAUCAGUGUUAUCAUCUCCUGUUCAGGACAUGGCCAUUGCAAAUUCAUUUUCAAAACCAUCCUCUCAGACAUCACAGAGUCCAAAACUUAACAACCAAAGUAAUUUUCAGGGAUCUGCUGUCACUGCAGGAAGCCAACAACAAGGAAAGAAAUCUGACACAUUUUCCUGUCUUCAAAGUCUUCAAAGUCUGGUCUCCAGUGUCAACAAAGACCCUCGUUUUGGUGUCAAUGUUCAUCAGGAGGGACAGUUAGGAAAUUACCAGUCACCAGGUCAAGGUCAGCCAUCUCAAAGUCACCAAGCUCAUGGUCAGUUAUCACAAGGUCAUCAAUCACAAGUUCAUCCAGUUCAAGGUCACCAGCCUCAAAGUAAUCCAUCUCAAGGUCACCAAUCACAAAGUCAUGUAUCUCAAGGUCAACCAAUUCAUAAAGGUCAUCCACAAACUCAACAAGGUCAUCAGAGCCACCAAAGUCAUUCUGGCCAUCCUGAUCUUCAUGGCAAUAUAGGCUUUCAGCAGUUCUCUCCUCAGUACAAACAGAUGUGGAGCGAUUCUCAGUCUAGCAUGAACACAUAUCAUCAGCAGCCCCAUAAUUCAGGUCAUCAACAAUUCAAUCCAUACUGGAAUAGACAAGACAGGAUUCAAAUGUCUCAAGGUAACUAUUCACCUGUGAGUAAUACUAGUAAUCCACCCUAUGGCAUGAAGGAGUAUAGCACAUCAACCCAUGGCUCUAUGAAGUUUCCAGGGAGUAUGAGACAUCCAACAUCAGCACAGUCUGUGGGAACACAGUCACCAGCAGGGAGGCUGUCACCUAAGCUUGUUCGGUCACUCUCUGUUAUCAAAAAACGUGGAAGACCGCGAAAGUAUGAUACACCUUCAAAUGUACCAAAUUCAACGUUUCCACUAACUCCCCAGAGUCCAACCCCCACACAGCCUAGGAGUAGGUCUAACUCUGUUGUGGACAAGAUUCCUAUAGUAAAGUCAGCAGCUUCUAAUGCUUCAUAUACAUUUUCAUUUCAAGUGCCAACUCCAGUAUUCAAACGUUUAAAAUUCCACAAGAAAAGGCCGUUGGACAGUUCAAACACGGUUAAAUUUGUCAGAAUGCAUCCAAUGGAUGCUAGGCGAUAUAGCUUGUUGAAAAUUGGACGGGAAAUUGUGAAAACACAAAACUUAUCAACCCUAGACAUAGAGAAGGCCAUAAAACGUAUUCGUGCACAGAAUAUAGCCAGCUGUACCAAGACACAAGCUGCAUAUUCAGACACUGGUGAGCAGCCUGUUUCUGAUAAUCAGAAGAAUGCUCCUACAGAUAUGUCUUACAUGCACCAUCCAGGCAAUACUCUAGCCCAAGAUCUGUUUGGAGUUGUACCAGAACCCAGGAUGUCUGAUAACUCAGGGCCAAAUGCACCAUGCCAACAACCAAUUCCAAAAAUUUUAUCAUCCACAGAAACUACAACAGAUUUUACCAAAAAAUGUGAUACUGGAGAAAACCAUGUUGAAGAAAACCAUGCUGGAGCAAGUCCACAAAACCAGUCAUUGAAAGCUAAGUUAUCUGAGAACAUCAGCAAUCUACACCUGAAGAAAAUGUUGCAUGAACGUAUGGCUAUCAAAGAUGGAAAUAGACCUUGUACCUACACAGGCAGUCCAAAUUUCUCUGAUGAGUAUAGAGGCCGACCUCAACCAACCCAUCAUACCAUCAGCAGGGAGGGCCAGGAAUCCAGGGGAAACAUGUCAAAUCAGCCAAGACCUGAGCCUGUUCAGGGACAUAAUUCCAGGUCACCACCAUCAUCUACAAUAAAAAUGUGCCAAUGUGAUAUGGGAAAAUGCAUGUGUCCAAAAGAACAGGAUGAUAUUGCUCAAAAUGACCAGAAAAUGGAUGAAAAUGACAUGAAAAAUGGAAUGGAGGAAAGUCUUCCUGCUCAAGGUUUAAAAGGUGGAUCUCAGACACCACAGAAAAGUUUCUUCAGUCAGUUUCAGAAUUUCUUAAGCAAAGGAUACAGUUCGUCUGAUUCUGAUACCGGGAAAUCUCAAUGCAAGGAAACGAUUGCCUCAAAGGAACGAUUACCAAAACAAGAAAAUGGAGAUCAACAAAACAAGACUUGGGAUGAUCCUCAAAAUUCUCAAAACUCUGAUUUUACUGCUAACCAUAAAAAUGAAAAGGGAUUUCAUUCUACUCAAAAUAAUGGAUGUCCUGGUAAUAAUGGAGAGCAUGUGACAGGUGAUAAUGCUGCAGACUUCAAGUCAAGUGAUUUUAAUUCAGGAGGUCACAGGUCAGGAGGGCAAGUAACAAAAGGUUACGUGCAUGAGGGCCACAUAUCAACAAGUGAAAGGCCAGGAGGAAACACAUUCAGAAAUCACAUGCCUGAAAGCCAGAUGUAUGGAAAUCAGAGGGCAGAUGGUCAUAUAACAGAAAGAACCAUGAUGGGUGGUCAUGGGCAUCCAGGUCAAAUGCCAGUGGAUCAUAUGCAGGGUCAAAUGUCAAGUCAGAUGCCAGGAGGUCACAUGUCAAGAGGUAAUUUCCAAGAAGGAUAUAUGAUGAGAGGUCAUGCACCAGGGAGCGUACCUAGAGUUCAUGUUCCAGGGAGCGUACCUAGAGGUUAUGUUCCAGGGAGCGUACCUAGAGGUCAUGUUCCAGGAAGCGUACCUAGAGGUCAUGUUCCAGGGACGAUACCUAGAGGUCAUGUUCCAGGGACAAUACCUAGAGGUCAUGUACCAGGGAAUAAUCCACCUAGAGGGUAUAUGCCAAAUAGUCGAAUGCCUGGAUCCAACAUAUCUUGGGAUCACAUGCCAGGUCGAGUCAUCACAAGUCAAAUGCCAGUAGAUGACUUGUUAAGAGGGAAUGAAGUAAAUGGUAAUAAGAGAGAUGAAUCUGGGAACAGCAUACCAAAGUCUGUACACAACUUACCUCCAAUUGCUGCAAACUCAACAGAGAUGGAAAAGAUUGAAAAACAGAACACCGGUAAUUUUUUAGGGCUUAGUGACCAGGGGGGCUGUCCCUCUGGUCACAAAACUCAAUUGCCUGAGAAGAAAGAUUUUCACAGAGCUGGCCAUCCUAGUGUCACACCAAGAACUGGGGUGCGCGAAUAUUCUCACAGUAGAAACAUUUUUGAAAAACUUUUGAAUUCUAAAAUCUUAAGUGAUGACACUGAACCAUUUGUUAAUAAUGUUCAACAAGAACAGCAAAGAGAUGAGCUACAGGAUAUGAAUAUUAAUGAUCAUGUGACCAAAUUCACACAUUCUAAAUUCCAUCCACAGAAGAAUGAUCAUGGAAAUGAGUCACCCACUAAAGUCCCUUCUUAUGGGGGUAAGCAUAGUGCUAAUUUUAGUAAUAUCAUUGAACAGGUACUCAUGACAUCAGCGUUGAAGGACAAAUUAGACGAUAAACAUGACAGGAAAAUGUUCCAAAGAGAUAGAGUUGAUGGGGGGUGUUUAGUGUCAGCUGCUGUAGGUGUACACGCCAAUGAAGGACUUCAGGACAUAAGACUCAAUGACAAAAAUCUGAAGGUCAUCAGGCGAAGGAAUCUCUCCACAAAGAGGAGGUUCAAGAUCACAGCUAAUGGCCACAUUCACAAUGUGUCUCCUGUUAUAGACCCAGAUGGGGAGGAAAUCCAGAAUGUCAUACUGAAGGAUGUCAAUCUGACAGAGGCAUCAAAUGGAGUCCUAACUCCAAUCACCAGCCAGACACCUGUCGCAGGUCGCAGUCCAAUACGUCACAACUGUAAUGGUCUUGGCCUAGAAAACUACAAACUGUUUGAUUCAGAUAUCAUCUGUAGUCGGAACGAACUGGAAGCCAAGUUAAGAACACUAAAGAGUGAGUUAGAACUCCAACCUUGUCAGUCUGUCAAAAAUUACUGUCUGGCUGAGAAUGACCUUACCCGUCAAGGUCGAAUGGAAUCGCCAAUCUCAGCAUCUUGGUCAGGGCUGUCAUCGCGGACAACUUCUAGAAAGGAUUCUUCAGAAAGUUCAAUGAGUGCUCCUGACAUAUCUAAAACACAGCUGAAACCACGGAAAAGGAAACUGUCCUGUCUAGCAAGAGAUGGAAAACAAAGUCACAGACUUUCCUGCCAAGGAACCAAAGCAACAAGUACUGAAAACUCGGGGAGUGAUAUGGAUUACACAUUUGAGAAAGAAAAUAAAGAAUUAAAAAGAACAAAACGUAAGAAGAAGAAAAAGGAGGUGGCAGGAAUAGAUUACAUUGUGAUUGGAAGGUUCAAAGGUCAUCGUAAAAUGGCAGUGUGCCUAGAAAGACUUGAGAUUGGUCAAGAUGAAAGUGUAAAUGUGAAUGACUUUUUAGUGACACAACAAAAAUGCCUGAAUCACUCUAUCAACAACAGAACUUCAGACUUGGCCAGUGGAAAGGAACAAGACUUAUACAUAAACCAGUCAUCACGCUGCCACCACAGCAGGAAAUGCAGUAGUGAUAGUUCUGAAGAAUCUUCGUAUCAGUCUUCUUGUCAGUCAUCUCCUGAAAAAAAUCCAAGUUUGAGAGCAGAAACCUGUGAUGACUGGUCAAACGAUAGUAAAGAGCAGCAGGCUGAUAUUGAUUCUGAUGAUCCUAAAUCAUCUAAAAGCAAUAGAAAGAAAAAGAAGCUUACCAGAAACCAGAAACUUCAGAUAGCCUUCCUGAGUAAAAAAUCACGCCGCAAGAAAACACCUAGUGGUGGGAAAUUGAUGAACAGUCUUUCUUUACUUCAUGAAGCAACAAUAGCGAAUCUGAACGACACUAGACUUUCUUACAAUGAAAACACUGAGGACAUCAAGGUCAGAUAUGAAGAUGCCAUGUUUAGGAUGUCUUUCCUUUCAUCUUCUGAUUCAGACAAGGGAAAUAUUUCACCUCCUCUGCCUUUGUCCCCGGAGGAGCUAGCACGUGACCAUCAAGGUCUGACACGCUCAACAUCAGAGGCUCAGAGUCCUGUCUUGCCUGCCAGUGAUAACAGUCUGUCACCCAUCUACUCUACAAUGCAAACAACUUUGAGGAUGAAAAACUCCUCAGGAAGUGAUUUGUCCCCAGUUUAUCAGCCACUUAUGAACCAGGUCACUAUGUGUGAUGCUGACUUCAAGCCAUUUUCAUCAGUGAGUCUGAGAAGUCCUUCCUCACAAACUCCAGCAUUUGGUCUUGGUCAGGAUGAUAGGGUGGCCACGUCUUUCAUAGACUUCAAUUCAGGGAACAGCAAAGAUUGCGAUGAAUCACAGAAUUCAAACUCGAGUGAAAAUUGUUCAAAAAAAAACAAGUUAAAGGAAGCGGUGAUCAGAUUGACACCAUUAUCAGCGGCAGACAUUGAGAACUUUUGUGGGAAGUCAAAUGAAGCCAAUCCCUCAAACCUGGAGAGAGUUAGUUCUUCAGUUUAUGAGAAACAAAGCUCAGGAUCUUCAAGUGAAGGAUCCAACUCACCACCAGACCUUGGACCUCCAAACAUACCUAAAUAUCCCAAGACUGGUCCUACUAAUGACAACUCAAGAUCUCCACCUCUUCUGCUGUCCACAUCAUCACCGAACACAUCUCAGAUACUCAGGACACCUCAAAACCACAUCGGGUUUGGCUUGUACGAGCACAAAUCCCCAGUAAGUAGUUGCAGUAAUGGGUCGCUCAAUGUUGUCCACAGUGAUCGGUUCAGUGAUAUCAGUGAUGAUGAAGAGGAUCUGCACCUACAACUGGAGGUUAAUGAUGAGGAUAAUCAAAUAACUAGUAAUAGUGAGGAGGAGACGGCUACCUCGUCACCAUGGAUACCAGAUUCAUCCAAGGUGAAUGGUGGAGGUGUACCUUGUAUGUCCGAAUCAGGAUCUGACAGGGAUAUGCCAUCUCUUGUCAAAGAAAUGAUCAGCAUUGAAACAGUGGACAACUGUGUGUGUGUUGACAGUUUAGUGAGGAAAUGUGUCGGACAAGAUGAUGCCUAUCCUUCAAAAUAUUCAGCUGGCCCUUUGAAAGAUUCCAAUUCAAGUCAGUCAUUAGGGACAAGUUUUAAAAAUUUAGAAAAUAGAAAUUUGGAUAACAACACGAAACAGUCAUAUCCCAGUGAAGAAAAUGAAAGAAAUUUCAAUGAAGGAAGAUGUUGCAAAGUGUUGACUCCAGAUAUUUUACCACCCAGUCGGAAAAUGGUGCAGAACACCGCCACUAGUCAUGGGUUGAACUCGACAGAGAUUGUAGGGGCCUACUGCAGUAAUCCAGAGGAUUUACCAGAGCGACCAAGGGAACUGGGUGGGCGAGUAUUAGAAGUUCAGUCUACCAGGGUGAAAGACUUUGACGAGUUUUGCAAUUAUACAGAGUGUGAAGGGCUACUGACUUGGAGGAACAGGAUGAUGGCACACGACCAGAUAAUUCUUAGUCAGUCAGAAAAUGAAACACUAAUGAACAGAAUAGAAAAAGAUCCACAACUUCGCUAUGCACUUCUGGGUGAUAGAUCUGUUAUUAUUUCCCCUUGUAAUCUACCCCCAAGUACAGACAGUGUUAAGAAAUGGAUAUGUGGGAGGAAAGUUUGGAAAGAUUUGAAGAAUAAGGAAAAACAGUUUAAAAUCGAUAUAAACAAAAAGACAGAUGAAAAAAGACAUUAUGAGAGACAUGUAGAAAAUUCUGAAAAUAGAAGUUUUGGAUAUCAAUCAAGUUUAGGUAAAACACUGACCAAAGAAGAUGAUAAAAUUAAUCAGACAGAUAUAAUUGACACUUGUGGGCAACACAGCAAGCCCUUGUCUGAAACAAUAGAUCAGAAUGACACAACCAAUGAAGACACCAAGGACAGUAGGCAACAGGACAUCCCCCGAGCGCUGUUUAUGGAUGGAGAUAGUCACGGCUCGGAUGAUGAUGAGGAGGACGACGACGAAGUGAUCGGCCCUUCUCCACCCUCGGGUUUAAGGUUGUCCCAGUUUUCGAGGUCCAGAAUCACUAGUUCCCAGUCUAAGAACUCACCUGUGUUGAGCCACAGCACACCUUUGACUGAGACUGAGGUUUUGAAGGAUGACCUUGGUCACACACCUGUGACCCCAGCCUCUGUAGUAGUUCACUCACCUUUGAUGCCAGGGAUCAUGUCUGGGGUGUAUAAUGACAACCUCACAAACACACCCGUGCAUGGUAGGCGAAUAUCACAUCUCUUUAACUCGGCAUCCACACCGGUAACAUCAGGAAGCAAACCUUGUGCUACAAGUACUCCGAGUGAGAACGGCAAAUUGCAGGCUGUCAGCGCAGAUAAAACUCCUGGUAUAUUUGCCACACCAAAAAGGGUGCCACUACCCCGGAGAAUAUCAUCUAACACACAGAAGUCCCUACAGCAGGCUCUCCAGUCAUCCCAGUUACAGCAAUUUGCUACUCCAACAGACCAGAAGGGUCACACGUCACAGAUAGAUGGUCCCACUCCACAAAACUCGUUUGGGUUCAAGGUCAGCCAGGACAACCUGAAAGGAGCUAAGGCGCUCCAUGAGGUACAGAACCUAACAGUCCUAAGUCUGGAACUACAUGCUGAGACUAGAGGUGACCUUCGACCUGACCCAGAUGUCGAUGCUGUUAAGGCUGUGUUCUACUCCAUCUCCAAUGAUGUGGACCCAGCCAAGGGUAAGACGCAGGUCACUGGAAUCAUCAUUGUGGACCAUGUCUCUGCAGACGCAGAAAGGGCGCUGAAAGACAGAAGAAACGGAAGGAUAAACUCUCGAUCCCCGUCUCCCUCACCUAUACCAUCUGGAUCUAACUCGGCUAGGUCAAGGUCUCCUCAGUCUUGUAGUUCUAGGUCACCAAAAGCAUCUACUUCAAGGUCAAGGUCACCUUUGCCAUCCACCAGUAAAUCACCCCAACCUUCAACUUCAAAACAUAGGAGUCCAUCACCGAAACCAUCCACUCCCAGAGGAAGGAGGACAACGGCCAAAGGUUCCGUCACCCCUCCACCUCGUGAUUAUGACAGUACUGAAAAUAUACCCAACACAUUCUUACAGAGGUCAGGAAUUGACCUUUGUGACCUUCAGGUGACCUAUGUUAGGGAUGAGGAGGAGUUGUACACUGUGUUUUUGGAGGAUCUUAUUGCAAAGUGGGACCCUGACAUUCUGGUGGGCUAUGAGAUACAGAACUUUUCCUGGGGAUACCUGCUACAACGGGCAUCACAUCUCAGCAUACCUCUGUGUUCCAAGCUCUCCAGAAUACCAGGGCAGAAAACAGGAAGUCACUUCAGUGCAACGAAGGAUGAGUAUGGGGCUGACCACAUGUCAGAGAUUCAUGUUGUCGGACGGAUUGUACUCAACCUGUGGCGAUUACUUAGGCAUGAGGUCACAUUGAACAUUUAUUCCUAUGAGAAUGUGUGUUUCCAUGUCCUUCACCAGCGUGUGCCUCGGUUCUCCUUUAGGACAUUGUCCAACUGGUUCAAUCACAGAACUCACUUGUACAGGUGGCGGUUGAUUGAGUACUACAUCACUCGUGUGAGGGGUAACCUACAGCUAAUAGACCAGCUUGAUCUCAUCGGACGUACCAGUGAAUUUGCCCGUGUGUUUGGCAUAGAGUUCUACCAUGUGUUGUCUCGUGGGUCCCAGUAUCGAGUUGAGUCAAUGAUGCUGCGGUUGGCCAAACCACUGAACUACAUUUCUGUGUCCCCAAGCGCCCACCAGAGGGCGCGGAUGAGGGCUCCUGAGUGUAUUGCACUGACCCUGGAGCCCGAGUCCCGUUUCUAUGCCGACCCAGUUGUGGUAGUAGACUUUCAGUCACUCUACCCUUCCAUCAUGAUUGCACACAACUACUGCUACUCGACAUGUCUGGGGCGCCUCAACUGGCUGGAAAAGGCACAUGAAGGACCCAUUGAGUUUGGUUGUUCCCAUCUGAAGGUUCCUCCCUCGGUCCUGAAGAGGCUGGAGAAUGACAUCACUGUAUCUCCCAAUGGCGUGGCAUUUGUCAAGCAACAUAUUAGGAAGGGGGUGAUCUCGGCUAUGGUAGAGGAAAUCCUCAACACCAGACUGAUGGUGAAGAAAGCCAUGAAGGCCUACAAGGAUGACAAGGCUUUGUAUAGACUGCUAGAUGCCAGACAGAUGGGCCUCAAACUCAUUGCUAAUGUUACCUAUGGAUAUACUGGUGCCAAUUUCUCAGGAAGGAUGCCUUGCAUUGAGGUUGCUGACAGUAUUGUAAGAAAAGCCCGUGAGACACUAGAGAGGGCCAUCAAGUUGGUGGAGGACACACCUCGCUGGGGGGCCAGGGUUGUCUAUGGUGACACAGACAGUAUGUUUAUUGAGCUGAAGGGCCGCAGUAAGGAAGAAGCCUUUAAGAUCGGCUAUGAGAUUUGUGAUGCAGUAACAGCAGCCAAUCCUAAGCCAAUGAAACUCAAAUUUGAGAAGGUUUAUCUCCCUUGUAUCCUCCAAACCAAGAAGCGUUAUGUUGGGUUUAGUUACGAGACUCCGGAUCAAAAGGAGCCUAUAUUUGAUGCCAAAGGAAUAGAAACUGUAAGGAGGGAUGCCUGUCCUGCUGUAGCCAAAAUUCUUGAGCGCACAAUCAAAAUGCUGUUCACGACACGUGAUGUGUCCCAGGUGAAGAAGUAUGUCCAAAUGCAGUGUCGUAAGCUGAUGGAAGGCAAGGUCAGUCUGCAGGACCUCGUGUUUGCCAAGGAGUACCGUGGUAUGGCCGGCUACAAACCUGGGGCCUGUGUACCCGCUCUGGAGAUAUCAAAAAAGUACCUGCAGCAGGACCGGCGUGGAGAACCACGCGUGGGUGAGCGUGUGCCAUAUGUUAUUGUAUACGGAAGUCCAGGCCUUCCUCUUAUACAGCUGGUCAGGGCUCCAGUAGACCUUCUCACCGACCCAUCCCUCAGACUCAACGCUACCUACUACAUUACCAAACAGAUCCUACCACCCCUCAACCGCAUCUUCUCUCUGAUGGGUGUUAAUGUCUUCUCCUGGUACAAUGAGAUGCCCAAGGUAACCAGGAUUGUACCGCAGGCAGCGAUGGCACCAGACAGUAAGAAGGGCACAAUUUCACAGUUCUUCUCUGUGGUGAGCUGUCCUGUGUGUGAAGAACAGACCAAUCAGGACAUUUGUAAUAAGUGUGCUAGUAACCCUCAGAAGGUAGCCAUCACUCUAAACAACAGGAUCCGUGAGUGGGACCAAGUGUAUGCAGAUCUUAGCAAGAUUUGUAACAGCUGUAUGAGUGUACAGGACAACAGUCAGCCGUGUAUUUCCUUUGACUGUCCAAUACUCUUUAGGCGCCGGACAGCUCAAGUGGACAUUACCAGAGGGGAACAACUCCGAUGUGUGGCUAUAAAAGUUUUAGACUUCUAGACAUUGUGCUUCCCAA